AUGUCCGACACUCCCACCACCACCACAGCUCCCGACGACGCCGCCCCCCUCUUCUUCACGGGCCCCAUCGAGGCCGCCGUCGCAACGUCAAUCACCCAGGGCCUCCCGCUCGCUUGCUUCAUAGCCGACGAUGGCGCGGCGAGCUCGACAUGGCAGGACGAGUACAUGCAGGACGAGGAGGUGCUGCCGUUGCUGCGCAGCCGGUGCGUGCUGCUGAAGCUGCAGGCGGGGUCGGUGGAGGCGGGUUUCCUGGCGGCGUUUUGCCCGAUACAGGCGGUGCCGUAUCUGGUUGUGGUCAAGAAUGGAGCGAUGGUGGCCAAUGUUGCGGCUGGAGUGACACGGGACGAGUUUAUGGCCGGGAUCAAGGCAGCUCUGACGGAGACUGAGACCCCCGAAGCUGUUCCUGCCGCCGCCGCCGCCGCCGCCGCCGCUGCUGCUCCAGCCCCAGCCCCAGUUCCAGUUAACUCUCCGCAGUCCGCUGCUACCGCUGCCGCACCCACGACCGUAGCUCCCCCACAACCGUCCACUUCCCCCGCGCCACCCUCCACCUCCUCCUCCUCCGCCCGCCGCGACUCGACCACACCCGCUGCUGCUGCCCGCCGCGGCUCCACAACCCCCACCCCCAGCUCCUCCUCCCGCCGCGAAUCCUCCGCCGGCCACCUCGCCUACCUCGAGCAGCAGCGCAAGCGCCAGCUCGCCGCCGCCGAAGACCGCAAACGCGUCCUGCAGCUCCUCGAAAACGACAAAAUCGAGCGCCGCCAACGCGCCUCCACCACCACCAGCACCGCACCCACACCCCCCGUCUCCACCAGCACACCACCACCCCCGCGCUCCACCCCGUCAGAAACAGCACUCUCCUUCCGCCUCCUCGACGGCUCGUCCCUCAAAAGUCGCUUCCCCUCCACCGCAACCCUGGCCACGGAUGUCAGGACGUGGCUCGACGCACAUCGGACGGACAACAGCGACCACCCCUACAGCUUCUUACAGAUCCUGGCGCCAUCACCGAAUAAGCAGCUCUCGCUCAGCGACGAGGGCAGCACUCUCCUCGAGCUUGGCCUCGCGCCCACGGCAACGCUGGUCCUGGUCCCCGCGCAGAGCUAUGUCAGCGCGUACAACGGCGGCGGGGCCAGCAGCGAGGUGGGCAUUCUCGGGAGGGCGUAUGGUCUGAUCUACGGCGCUGUUGCGACGGUGCUGGGGGUUGGGUAUCCGGCGCGUGCGCCGGUGGUGGCGGCUGCGCCGGCGGCGGCGGAGAGAGGGGGGGAGAGGGAGAGGGAGAGGGAGGGGGCGACGUUGGGGCGGGCGGGGAGGAGUGAGGUGAGGGAGGGGCCGGGCGGGAGUGUUAGUCGCGCGAGUAGUGCGAAUGGCAGGAUUCGGACGCUGUAUGAUGCGCCGGAGGGGGAGGGGGGGAAGGAGGAGGUGGGGAGGAAGUAUUAUAAUGGGAAUCAGCUGGAUUUUGAGCCGAAGAGAGAUGAGAAGGGGAAGGAGAGGAAGGAGUAG